AUGUUGUUUACUCUAGGCAGGUGUUUGCAAGCGUUGGACUUUUUGCACAAAAAUCAAGUCAUUCAUCGCGACAUCAAAUCAGAUAACAUCCUUCUGGGGCUGGAUGGAUCUGUGAAACUGACCGAUUUCGGAUUCUGUGCUCAGUUGAGCUCGGAGCAGACAAAACGUUCAACCAUGGUGGGUACUCCGUACUGGAUGGCCCCCGAGGUGGUAACACGGAAGCAAUACGGUCCGAAAGUGGAUAUUUGGUCUUUGGGUAUCAUGGCUAUUGAGAUGCUGGAUGGGGAACCGCCUUAUCUCAACGAGAACCCGGUUCGGGCUUUGUAUCUGAUUGGAACAAACGGGAAACCGGAAAUCAAGGAACGUGAUAAAUUAAGUCCGGAAUUUCAAGACUUUCUCGAUCGUUGCCUCGAGGUCAAGGUAGAGCAAAGAGCUUCCGCACAGGAAUUAUUGCAGACGCGUGCGAUGGCCGAAGUCGGUCGACGUGAUGCGGGUCUAGCCGAUCGAGCUCAGCUCCGUCAACCGAAUUUAUUCUCUUCGGGGGACGACUUUGAGUUGUUGGAAGUACGGAUGAGGAAUUAUCUACGCAUGCAGCCGACGAUGGAGUUGCAGUGGUUUAUUGUCGGAUAUUUGUCCGACAAUGCAGUAAGACGGUUCCUCAGCUGUCGCCUGCCCCCAGACACCGACCCCGAAACGGUAUGGAGCCGCUUAGGGCGGCUAUUCGGCGAUACUAAACCCACCGGCAUCUACUUUGGACGCUUCCUGGAGCGCAAGCAAACAGAGUCGGAGUCGGUGCAAGACUAUCUCGGAGAGCCAACGGAACUGGCACUACGACAGUUUCUGGGCGUUUCGGCGGAUGAGGUUGAAAAGAAGAUCCUGUAUCGAUUUCGCACUGGCAUCCACAGACCCGAGGCUCGGGUACAAUUAUUGCGUCGUCCACCGCCGACAUUAGACGAAACAGCGGAGAUAGCCACCAGUUUCGAAAUGGCUUCACAGGCGAGAACAUCCUGCAACGCACGUGUCAGUCCCGAUCCCAGGGGCCCCGCUCGUUCAGCUCGCGGUCGGGAGCGGAAAAGAAAUACCGCCCAGAAUUGUCCGUGCUGUACUCGGUCCAGUCGAUGA